AUGGGCAAUUGGACGCCCGCAAAUAGGGUCAAAGAGGCUGAGCGACGCAUGUUCCGGUAUAUCGUCACUGAUCUGGUCUGCAUAGGCGAAGUCCAAACUCGCAGAGUCCAAGUCCAGACCAAUUAUAAUAUCGCUAUCCAGCCGCCUUCCAAGCAGCUGGUGAGAACUCAUGGUAACCAUGGGGGGGCUCUGUAG